GAAUGGGUAACACUCAGUAACAUAGCUAAUUUAUUAGAACGAUAACAGCGCGUAAGCACAGUUCUUAACGACUAUCUAACCCGAGAGCCUGGACUCAAAAAUGGUUUCAAAACAGUGGCAACCGCGGUUGUUCCCAACAGUGCACUUGUUUUGAAUGUAUAUGAGGCACAUGAUUGGACUGAAGGGUAUGUUGUAAUUCGCAUGCGCACUGAGUCUUUCAGUCGGAAGGACAGUUAAGACCAAUAUUUGUCAGUGGUUAGAGACAUUGGAGGGGAAGAAAGAGUAUAUUUCUCGAUCACAAAGUCUGGGGCAUCGACUAAAUAAUGCAUUACAUGUAAAGGGCAGAAGCAAGCCAGGUGUGCAGAGACUCAUUGUCCUGUCUCACCACACCAACCCUCAACAUGGAUAAUCUGGAGGAGGACCUGACAUGUUCGGUAUGCUAUUCACUCUUCGCUGAUCCCCGUGUCCUGCCCUGCUCCCACACCUUCUGUAAGUCCUGCCUGGAGAACGUGCUCCAGGUCUCUGCUGUCUACACCAUCUGGCGUCCGCUGCGGCUCCCGCUCAAGUGCCCCAACUGUCGCAGUGUAGUAGAGCUCCCGCCAGCGGGUGUCGACGCAUUGCCCACCAACGUCUCCCUCCGCGCCAUCAUCGAGAAGUUCCAGAAGGACAGCCAGCCACGGUCCCCCUCCUGUCCCGAGCACCACAGACAGCCCCUGAACGUCUACUGUGUCCAGGACCGCCAACUCAUCUGUGGCUUCUGCCUGACUGUGGGCCAGCACCAGGGACACCCCAUUGAUGACCUGCAGGCAGCUUUCAUCAGAGAGAGGCAGGCCCCUGCCGGUCUGCUGGGGAAGCUCUCAGACCACCGCUGGGCAGAGUGUUGUCUCCUGAAGUUGUGUGAGCUGGGGCAGCAGCUGGAGCAGGAGAAGGCUAGCUGCGAGGGACUAGUGAGACAGGACCGGCAGGCUGUGGAACAAUAUUUCCAUGGGCUGGAGGUGGUGCUUGCCAGGAAGAAGGUCGCUUUCAUGGGGGCCCUGGAUACUGCGAGCAUGGAAGUGUCCCUGGCCUAUGACCCACUCAUCCAGAGGCUGAAGGGACUGCAGGAGGAGCAGCUGGACCUGGUGUCACUGGGCACAGCUCUAGAGGAUGAAAACUCGCCGCUGGACUUCCUGGAAAAGGUGCAUCUGUUCCGGGAAAGGGUGGAGGUGCUGGUAAAAUCCUCCCUGCCCAAAGUUCCAUCCCUCUCCAUCACCCCCCGAGCUGCUGACUACUUGGAGCAGCACUGGGCGGGGGUGACCAUGGGACACCUAGAGGAAGGGCCAGUCCCUCGGGUCUGUGUCAAGCCCACCGUUGUGGGCAUGGUUCUCGGGACAGAGGCAGUGAACCAGCCUGGAGGCUGGGGCCGGUAUCUAUGGCUGCAGCUUCAACCCAUGUCUCCUGUGGUGCUCCUGGGACUGCUGCUGCUUCUGGUGGCCGUGUGGAUAAAUCCAGUUGUUAUGUCAAUGUGCUCCUCUCUGCUGCAAGUGUUGCACGGCCUCAGCAGCGAAAUGACCAGCUCGAUGUGGGAGAUGGCAGGCUUCCUGUACUCACAGACAGGAGCUGUGAUGGGAAGGUGCAGCUCUGUUAUUUCCACACUGGGGGAAAACUCUUAUCAGCAGCUGCUAUCCCUCUGGUCCUGACAGAAAGACACAAGGUGGGCUCUUUGCUUCUGUAAGAGUCAGGUGAUCUUGUUGAUAGUAUUUUGAUGUGCCUGUUUUGUACAAAGGAAUUUAUUUGUAAGUUUUGCAAGCCAAUGCUAACUUUUCAGUCAUUUUGCAGAUGCUCUUAUCCAGUGCAAAUUAAAAGAACAGUUAUAGAUACGUGUCUUGGCCACAGUGGCAAGUUGACUUAUUUUUCACCUUCGUCUUGGGAUUGUGAUAAAAUUGGAAGUUCACAGGGCCAGCUAAAUGAUAGAUGUUUUCAAAGUUAGUCAUUGUGCUUACACUACUAAGCAACUCUUGUCAAAAUGCAUGCAGAGACACUGAAAUGGUAUCCACAAGUUUAGUUGACUCUGCAGAAAGUUGUCAUUGCCAAAAUAUAUAACUAUUAGUCUGAAAGGGAAUUACAGUAAAAGGCUGCUUGGUGGCUCAGUCAAGCUGCAGUGCUGAACAGUGUUGGGGUUAAUUCCAUUUCAAUUCUGAAAGUACUCAUUCCAUUUGUUUGGUCAGGUUUUGGAGAAGGUACCUGAUUUCUAUAAAAAGGAUCAGAUAACAGGUGACAAACAAAUGUUAAGUUUCUUGGACCAGUUUUGCAGACACAGAAUAGGCCUAGUCUUGGAAUAAUGUAAAUCUCUGUUGAGACUGAUACACCAGGACUGCGAAACUGUCCGCUUUAGUUUCAGUUGGGAAUUUACACUUAGGACCAGAUUCAAUAAUGAUAUUGUCUAAUUGUCAUAGUCAUGUGCUAAUGAACAAUCUGUGUUUACCAUGAAUAACUCUCUCGGUAAGCAUUUUUUACCAGAUUUAUAUGCGUGCUAAUAUCCUGCUACAAUUCAGGAUACUGAUGUAUUAUGUUUUCAAGUUUAGGCAUAAACACCUCAUCCUGUAAACAAUAACCAGAAAGAGUUUUUAGAAACCUGGAUAAGAUGCCUGGGAUAUCCUGAUUUUAGCUGAGAAACUGUUGCAUAUAAAGCAUCUCAACCUGUUGGUUGUUUUUUGAGUUAUGUGCAGGCUGUUAUAUACUAUACUAUGGGUAUUGAAAUGAAAAGCUGACAAAACAAUCAUGUUUCUGAUAUUUAUUGUGGAUGAAUACUCUGCGUAGGUGGUGAAAAAGUUUUCAUUCUGUUGCUGAGACAGGAUUUUACAUUUAGUGUCCUUUUAAUACAAGAAAUGGAUCAUUUUUCAGGACUGCAAUGUGCCCAGAUUUAACAAAUAUACUUCAAUUAGGUAUCAUAUUUGUAAAUGGAAUAAAUGUGAAUGUAAACAAUCUAUCCUGAAAGACUAGCAGGGAUAUGAGCGAUUAUACGCCCAGGAUACUAUGCACAUGUAUACAUUGUCACUGCCUUAAAACCGCAAUGCCUAUAACCUGUGAUUGGAUUAGGCCGCAGCCUUAGGGCUCAACUCAAUCAAACCCACAUUGCGAAAGGAGCUCCUGCAUAAACACUGCAAUGGUCCGAUGAACUCAGACUGGUAUUGGUUACUGUAUAAAAACCAAACUACUACCAGGGCAACCCCACUCACAGGUAUGCAUGUGUUCAUUUUCCGAAUUACAAGUGUGUAGAAACAGGAUACUGUAGACACAGUAAACAUUGCUAUGGUGGGACUGAUGGAAUCCAAGUCAUAACUUUACUGUGCCUAGUACUUGGAACUCAAUAUGCAUAAGGAUCACAAUGACAGGCAGUACAUUGAAGAGAGUGACCUUAACCCUAACUAAAGCUGAUCCAAGGGACAAUCUGCCUCUUAUCAGAAAGGUAAUAUGACACGUUCCAUCAUUUGCCUUAAUACUUACGACAUUUAGCAAGUCAGUGUCUUAAAGGAAUGCAAAGUUUUCAUAACCUCAUACACAGCUGCAGUAUUUCAAAGACAUUACACCUGUACGUUUUAUGCUUUGUAAUAAACAAUUGUUAGGCCUAGAUGAAACAAGCUAUUUAUGUCCAGAAAAGCCUUCUCUGUAUACUUAUUUCAAGUACUGAUUUUCUAUUAAGUGUGUUCAUUCUGUAAUUCAUGUCUGACAAUAAAGAUUCUCCUGCACUCUGCCAGAAUUAAAUGAAUGGAAAAACAGGGUCGGGGUAGAUUCUGAAUUGAGUUUCAAAUCACUCUCCAUUCACUGCUACUCAAUUUAAAUUCUGGAACUUUAUGGAAGCAGUAUUAUUAAAGUACAAUUACACUGAAUGAAA